AUGGAUUCUAAAGACCACACACACCUCCCCGAAAAAUUCACCGUCGACUCCGAAGACGACAAGCCAACCGCCUCCAAAAAAUCCCAAGACGAGGAGGAGGAGGACGACCACAAUAAAAACACCACCGACGAAAAUGAAGACCCGAAAAACGACCACAACAAAUCUUCGAACGCGAGAGAUCAAGAAGACAGCAAGGUCGACAUUGUCUCAUCUCCCAAAUCUCCACCGGACUACGACUACAUCACUGCCCCAGAUGCCAACGAGCCGAAUCCUGAGCCAUCCUCUCCGCCUGAUCUCACCCAAGUCUCGGAGGAGAUCGAUAAUUUCAUCUCCUCGUUGCUAAAAUUCUCGCAAUUACAAGAGCAUGACGAGGACAACCAGCUGCCUGAUGUCCCAAUCUGCGUCGAGCAGUUUGUUGUCCUCGUCGAGGCCAAGGUCAGGGACUACGAACCGUGCGCGAAAUGGAGCCAGCUCGCUAAGGAAGAUUCCGACUCGUUCAUCGAGUCGGUUAAUCGUCUCUCUUCACUAUCAAAUGAGCUCAUGAAAUUUUCGACCGAGGAUAAGUACACAUGCUCCAUCAACAUCGUUGGGGGUGUCUUGCAAUGCGCCAUGUUGUACCUCGAGGAGGAGUUCAAGUCUCUCCUCGAGGAUCAUCAGGAGGCAAACGAUCCGAGUCCGAAUCUGCAGAAUCAGGACGCAGAUAUAGAACUUAAAGAGGAAACAAUCAAGACCAGUAACAACAUUGUUGUAUGCGGGUAUUCGGAUCAGGUCUUGUCGGACCUAAUCCGAAUAUCGAAGGCAAUGGUCUCUGGGGGACACGAAUCCGAGUGCCGCCACGUGUACUUCGUAGCGAGGCGUAACUUUCUCGAAGAGAGGCUCCACAAGCUCGGCUUUGGAAAACACAGCAUCGACGACGUUGUCCACAAGAUGAAAUGGGAAACGUUGGAGCGCGAGAUCGAGUCGUGGAUACGCAUCUUCCGCCAGUUCACGUCAACCGAAUUCCCUUUGGAGAGGAAGCUCUCGGACGCCGUGUUCUCGGAAGCUUCCGAAGACCUCUUUGGAAGCGUGGCACACGAGGUCUUGGCUCAGCUACUUAACUUCGCGCAGGCGGUCGCCCUCACGAAGCGCGCGGCCGAGAAGCUCUUCAAAUUCAUCGACGUGUACGAAGCCCUGCGUGACGACCUCCCUCCCGACGACACCCUAUUUCCAGACGAGAUGCUGAAUCAAAUAAAAACCGAGGCAUCCACGAUCCGUAGCCGGCUCGGGGAAGCCAUGAUCUUGAUAUUCGCGGAGCUGGAGAGCUCGAUUAAGUCCGACACGGGUAAAUCGCAGGUUCCCGGUGGGGCCGUCCACCCGUUGACUAAAUACACAAUGAACUAUCUUGAGUACGCGUGCGAGUACAAGAACACGCUCGGGCAAGUGUUUGGGGAAUCGGGUCUCCAGACGCAAGUGACGAAAGUGCUUGACUUGCUCGACUCGAACAUGGAAGGGAAAGCGCGGCUUUACAAGGAUGCUUCGCUCAAGUCGAUAUUCAUGAUGAACAAUGGUCGAUACAUGCUGAAAAAGAUAAAGGGUAAAGAAGUAAACGGGUUGAUAGGUGACGGGUGGUACCGGAGGAAAUCGUCUGACAUGAGGCAGUACCAUAAAGGGUACCAAAGGGAGACUUGGGGGAAGCUGCUCGGGUGUUUAACUCCGGAGGGGCUGACGGUGAACGGGAAAGUUGUGAAGCCGGUUUUGAAGGAGAGGUUCAAGAGCUUCAAUGUGAUGUUUGACGAGAUACAUAAGACGCAGAGCGGAUGGGUGGUGGGGGACGAGCAGCUACAGUCGGAGCUGAGAGUGUCGAUAUCGAAUAUGGUGAUACCGGCUUACAGGUCGUUUUUGGGGAGGUACAGUCAGAUUUUUACGCCAGGUAGGCAGAUGGAGAAGUAUGUUAAGUAUCAGGCGGAGGAUAUAGAGACGCAUAUAGACGAGCUUUUUGACGGGACAGUGACUCCGAUGGGAAGGAAGAAGCAAUGA